AUAGUUUACGCUGGCAACCUGCUUCAUUUACACUGUUCAUGCAUGUCAUGAGCUUUUGACAGUCAGUGCACAUGCUCGCUUUGUCGGGCAGGAUUUACUGAUUUCUUGCAUUUUGUCUUGUGUGAUCAUUUUAUUGUGUUUGUGAACAUUAACUCUUCAAAUAAAGAUAUUCGAUUAAGCUAAAGAUGAAGUCGGUGAGGCCUCCGUUGCAGUCCAAGUUGUCCAAAGGUUCUAUCCAGAUUUCUGAGGACUGGCUAUCCAUGGCGGGCUGCGUUGGAACGGUUGAUGAAGUGUCGAUGCCAGAAAAAGAGGGAGAGGCAUAUGUCGAAGGCGCUAUCAAGUUAUGUAAUCUAAUGAAAUGUCCUCGUGAGAUCAUGUGCUUAAAAUUUGGCAUCAGGGAUAACACCUUGGCAGUGGGUCUCUGUGAUGGCUCAAUAAAGAUAAUUGAUCCUCUGUCAUGUGAACUUCUGUACAACCUCUCUAACGAUGAAACAAAGUGUGAACGGCUUCCAGUUACUGCAAUCCAGUUUCUUCCUGCACAUGAUGGCCAAUCUGUGGAGAACCAACACAUUUUAAUGGCAACUUAUGCAUCCGGUUGUGUACGGUUUUGGAACUAUCGCUCAAGUGUCUGUUCAACAGUCUUGCGGGAGCCCGAUCCACGCCAGAUCUUUGCUAGUGCUCUCAAUCCUGAGGGCACCAAAUUUAUCACAGCUGGAAGUGAUGACAAGAUUUACAUCUAUGACAUUGCCACAAGGAAACAUCUGAGGACAUGUGAACCAAGUGAUUCAAGGAAUAUAAUGAACGGCCAUAGAUUCAGAGUGUACGCCUUGCAGUACCAUCCAGACAGACCACGGGAGUUCAUCUCAGGUGGCUGGGAUGACACAAUUAUGUUCUGGGACGACCGAAAAAAGCAUGCGGUAAGAAAGGUUAUUGGGGCUGGGCCACAUAUCUGUGGAAAUGAUGCCCUGGACAUUGAUCCUGUUCACAACCACAUCCUGACUGGCUCAUGGCGCAAAGACAAAUCGCUUCAGAUAUGGGAUUACGACUCUGGUGAGAAGAUCAAGGAUGUUCCAUAUGACACGUUACAUACAAGCCAGCGUCAUGGUUACGGAGACAUCAAGUUCAAAGGAAACCUGCUUUACUGUGCCAAGUGGUUGGGUAAGAGCUACAUCAUGUGUGGAGGGAGUGAAGAGAACAUGGCCAGGAUCAUUGACAGAGGAACACUGAAUACAGUUGGCCAAUUGGUAGAUCUGGACCAAGGUGUUGUUUGCAUGGAUAGCAAUCUGUCAGUGAGCGGUUCACCACGAGUGUGUGUUGGGGCAGGAUCGUACAUCUAUAACUUACAGCUUGUCAAGACGUUAUAGAGGAUGGUUGUUUUGCCAUUGAGACAUGGAGAAAAAUGUUAGACUACAGAUAUCCGUCCAACAGUACCCGUUCAUUGCAUCCGUCCUAUGUAUACUGCCUAAUGUCUGACAUUGAACAUGUGUUCCUGAUCUAUGGAUAGGGCUUCCCGAUUGAUCUUUCUCGUCUUGCAUCUUAGCAGUAAUGUGAUCAUAUAUGGAUACCCCCCCCCCCCCCAGGCCUUUCAAUUGCACUUUGAUUAAAACCGUUUGAAGUACAAUGGGCAUGUGCUCAUCAAAUAUGCUUCAAGGAUAUAAGGCAAAAAUACAAAACAAGUUUACAAUAAUGCACCCAAAUAAACCAAUUUAAGUGCCAGAAAUUGGCUGAAAAAUAGAGGUUGUAGUCAAAAAGAUGCAAUGGAAAGGCCUGACCCCUCCAAACCUUUCAUUGUAGAAUGCCAUGUCAGAAAUCUAUCCACAUAAUGUAUAAGCCUGUGUGUGUCCUGUAUAAAACAAUCUGACUGGUAAAUAUGAUAGUAAUGCUGUCUUGAUAACGGUGAUAAAAAGACAUCAGUGUUUGCUGUAUCUUCAGGAAUGACUGGUAAUCCUAGCUUUAAAACUUGUAUCAUGACUGUAUUUUGACACUGCUGAGUUGAUCUGGCCAUGGAAAUCUGGCACCUAAUUACCGGGUGUCCCAAAAAAAACAACUGCAGUCAGUUUUGACUGGGUAAUAAUUUCAGUGUAUCGUAUUUAUUGAUACACUCUGUAUUAUCAGUAUGUAUCAACUAGGCGUCUUGUAGUUGUGCAGAUGUGUUAAAUGGCUUUUCAAAUGAUCUAGUAGUUGAUAUCCAUUUGAAUAUGUAGAUAUUUAGCCAUAUGGAAGAUAUGAAGCACUCGGAGUUACUGGAGAGAAGUUUUUGUCAGCAGGUGUUGAAGAGAAUCUCUAGAUCAUACGAUGGGGUAGAUCAUACAGUGUUUUUGGCAACAUAACCGUAACAUGGCCUAUUUGUUAGAAGAAGGGGUUAAUUUAAAAAGUGCAGCAACUCAUUGCAGGCCCAUACCUGUUCUUAUAAUUUGAGACUGUAUUAUACACUAUAUACACAGCUGAAAUACACCUUUAUAUAUUGUAAAAACUUAAUCAGUACCCCAGUAGGCCUAUACCUUGGUAUUUAUCCCUGAAAAGGAUACAUGUUAAUGUAUUAAAAUUACAAAGCUGAAGCAAUUAUUCUGUAUGUGUUAGUGAAUUUAUUUGUGAGCUAUAUUGUUUUUGUGCCAUUUGUUGGGAUUCACUAUUUGUACAUCAUUCAUAUUCAAUAAAGCUUCAAUUUA